UCACAAACCGCGAGAUCAUGACCUGAGCCGAAGCCGGACGCUUAACCAACUGAGUCAUCCAGGAGGGAAUAACUCCUACGAGAUCAGGCAAAGCGCCAGUCCAGCUGGAGGGUCCCGAGCUGCCAAGGGGCCAAGGGAUGAGCGGGGGCCCUCCUUCCCAAUGGCAUCUCCCCCCAGCCUGGAACUGAAGACACUGCACAAUGGCCCCCAGAUCCCAAGGAGACCAGCCCCUCUGGGCCCGGUGGGCCCACCCAGGGAGGGUGUGGAGAAUGCCUGCUUUUCCUCAGAGGAGCGUGAGACCCAUUUCCAGAACCCUGGGGACACCAGACUGGGCAGCUCCCCCAGCCCCCCUGGGGGCGUCCCCUCACGACCCCGAUCCCAGCGGGACGAUCUAUCCCUGCGUUCAGAAGAGGGGCCAGGCCUGGAGCCCGUGAGCCGCCCGGUGGAUUAUGGCUUUGUUUCUGCUCUGGUUUUUCUGGUGAGUGGGAUCCUCCUGGUGGUGACUGCAUACGCCAUCCCCCGUGAGGCCCGCGUCAACCCUGACACGGUGACAGCGCGGGAGAUGGAACGACUCGAGAUGUACUAUGCCCGCCUGGGCUCCCACCUGGACAAGUGCAUCAUCGCGGGCCUGGGGCUGCUCACAGUGGGUGGCAUCCUCUUGUCAGUGCUGCUGAUGGUCUCCCUGUGCAAGGGCGAGCUGUACCGCCGGCCCACCUUCGUCCCUGGCAGGGGCUCCAGGAAGACCUAUGGCUCCAUUAACCUGCGCAUGAGACAGCUCAAUGGGGACGGGGGCCAGGCUCUGGUGGAGAACGAAGUUGUCCAGGUCUCAGAGACCAGCCACACCCUCCAGGGGUCUUAA